AUGGAACCAGACCUACAGCUAUUAGUACAGAGCUCAGUGUACAGUUCAGCAGUACUUAGUUUGGACUCCAAUUGUACGUUUGCUCGAGACUUCAGCAAGAGAAUCAACACAAAAAUUUUAGGAAAAGACUUCGACAGCAACAUCAUGACCACAAAUUACCGGGACCCAGCUCUGGUUGUACCAGCUGAAGAGGUGUCCCAGGUGGUCCCACGUGUCCUCUCCUCACCCUCCUCUCAGUACUUGGUCCAGUCUGUUUUGGGGGUGGGGGGCUUUGGAAAUGUUGUCAAGUGUCUCAAGGCAGCCACCAGGGAAACGGUGGCUGUGAAGAUUUUACAGAAAAACAACAUCACACCUCUAGUGCAGAAAGAGGUGGCCAUUCUUGAACAGCUGAGGUCUUUCAACUCGGACAGCUUCAACUUUGUUAGAUACAACGAUGGUUUUAUCGACAGAGAAUACAUCUGCUUAGAGUUUGAAAUUCUGGACAUGAGUCUGUGGGAUUAUCUGCAGACGAGACCUUCCCGCUCGCUCUCAGUGAAACAAAUCCGCCCAGUCCUGCACCAGAUGGCGACAGUUCUACAAUUCCUGAAGAACAUAGGAAUUGUACAUACAGACAUCAAGCCAGAUAACAUCAUGAUGGUGGACCACAUAAACCAGCCAAUGAAAAUCAAGCUGAUCGACUUUGGCUUCGCCUGUCAUGUCUCAGAAUCAAAGUUGGGCACAUACACUAGAGCACUCCCUUACAGGGCUCUAGAAAACAUCCUGGGAUUUCCUAUCACUCCAGCCCUUGACAUGUGGGCUUUGGGCUGUGUUGCUGCAGAGUUGUUCACAGGCAAUUUGCUGUACCCUGCAAACAGCGAAUACGCCAUGAUUCGAUAUAUGGUGCAGACUCAGGGUCAGCUACCGCAGCAACUCCUUGAGGACGGAAUCAACACAAAGUUUUGGUUUGUCCAAAGCAGUAGUCAACAUCAGUGGAGAUUAAAGACAAUGCAUGAAUAUGGAGACUCCUCCUGGACCAAGACCUGUAUCAACUCCCUGGAUGAUCUGACAAAGGUGAAGCCAGUUUGUCACCUGUCGGAUGAGGACACCAUGGCAGAAAUCAAAGACCAGGGGAACUUUGUCGAUCUGCUGAAGAAGAUGCUUCACCUGGAUGUAGAUAAGAGGAUCACACCCAGCCAUCUUCUUGAGGAUCCGUUCAUCACCAUGAACGACCUUUCAGCCAGCUACCCCAAGAGCUUGUACGUAAAAUCGUGCUGUGAAUUGAUGGAGGUGUGUCAGAAUCAGAGCCUGUCCUGCCAGGACCUUCCUGCUUGGCACAGUCGCCAAGAGCAUCCCAUCAUACUAGAACUAGCAUCAGCAUUUUCCAGCGGCCUGAACAUCAGUAUGGAGGCGCCGUCCUACAGAGACAGACUUAAACCUGGAAAGAAAAGGUUGAGGAGCACUUCACCUUUGAGUGAUAAAAGCCUAGAAAGCACCCAGCCAGACAGAAAAAGAAAGAAGAUGGACAUGGACUUCUUCACUAACUACUUCCAAGAGGCUCCAACUAAGGCUUCAUCCAGUACAGCUGAAAGGAAGCCUCAGAGGAAGAGGAAGUGGGACGUAUUCAUUGGCUCACAUAUCAGCCUGCGGAAAAGCUCUGAACCUGAGAGGAAACAGAUGAAGAUGAGUCUGGAGACAGUCUGCGACUCUCAACAGGCUUUUUUCCAGCAAGGCCAAUCCCUCUGACAGCAACUGCGGGGCUCCAGAAAACAUCCUGGGAUUUCCUAUCACUCCAGCCCUUGACAUGUGGGCUUUGGGCUGUGUUGCUGCAGAGUUGUUCACAGGCAAUUUGCUGUACCCUGCAAACAGUGAAUACGCCAU